CCCCCCCCCCCCCGUCCCGAACGCGACUUCACGCCGACCCCCCACCCCUCCUUACGGGCCCAGUUCCACAGCCAUCAAGGACUCACCGAGCACCUUUGUCGCACGCGGCCCGCUGAGGCGACCAAACCCCCCCCCCUCCCCCCUCCGCGGUGGCUUCAUCUGCUGGAUGGUCACACUGGGACCGGGAGUUUUUACAAUCAAACCACGUGGUCAAACAGGCCGGUGGUGUCCAGAGAAGUCCAGGGCCGGUGUAGUAUUCACAGGUCCUCGUGGCGAGCAGGUCAAUACAUCGUCAUAGUGUGUGUGUGUGCGUGUGUGUGUGUGUGUGUGCGUGUGCGUGUGCGUGUGUGCGUGCGUGCGUGCGUGCGUGUGUGUGUGUGCUCUUAUGGAUCGACAACAGUUUGCUUUUGUUUACUUGGUUCUCUUGGGCCUGUAAAAGUUGCGUCAUGAACAUUCCGUGAUCAAUAUGUCAUAUAUGCACACACACACACACACACACACACACACACACACACACACACACACACACACACACACACACACACACACACACACACACAGUGUCAUCUUUGCAGGCUGCGUGCGGGAAGGAAGGUUUUGGAAAGUCUCGAUUUAUGACCUCAUGUUUAAGCUAGUGACUUAGUCUUAAGCACGUCUCGUCUUCCGAAUUGAUGCAAAAAAAAGAGAAGAUUACUCCCCCUGAAUGCCUGUUUUGGCAGCGAUGUGUAAAAAAAAAAAAAAAAAAAAACUCAUGUCUUUCUCUUUUUGGGCACAGUGUGCGCAGUGGUGUAGUGCUGUGUAGGCCUAUACAGUAUUUGUGGUGCAGCUCCUCUAUGCAUGCCAUAUUUGUUGGUACAGUAGUUCCCUUCAGAUUUGCGUUUGACAUCAUGGAGGAGGGCGGGGAAAAAAACAUUUAAAAAACCCUCCGGUGUCUUCAACUUAUCGAUGCAAGUCAGUUUUUGAAAUAUCCAUGCUCAUAAUUUUGUUUCCACUUCGAAUGCUGUGUCUCUAAUAAUGUCGAAAUAUGCUAAAGAGUUUGCUUUACAAAGUGUGGAGCAAACACGGUUUCAUUGUCCUGGACAAGAAAAUAUGAGAUUCUGUGAAAUUAACAUUAUAAAAUAAGUGUAAUAGUUCUGUAUGACUUGUGUUUCGGUGUAUGUGUAAAUAAGAGUGAUAUCUAGAAGUGUUUGCCAUGUUAUAAUACACUUCUCUGCUAUUCUCACUUCCUCUCUGCUCUUUAUCUCUGCCAAUUUUUUUUUCUUUCUUUUCCCAUUUUUGUACCUCCGUUUUCCUCCUCUUCCUCCCCUGUUCCCAACUCCUAUUCACUUCUGCAAAACGGAAGAGGAAGAUAAAUUAAAAAUGAUGUAUGUAAUAUAGGAGGGAGAGGGCAAUGGGAGUGAGAAUAAACUGUUUACUAUGCAAAAGGCCGUAAAAGAAUGAACCGGUUGAGGGGAAGAGUGCAAUUUUCUUAAAGCAACCUUGGAGAUUUUGUGUAACCUGGACAGUGUACAUGUUGCAUGCGCCAAAUUUACUUGCGCGUGAGGAACACUUAAAGUAUGAUACCUACAUUAAAGUGAAUUAUCGUUAUACCAUUUCAGUACCUAUGGCUCUUCUGUUUUACCCACAACAGAUCACACACAAAGACGGCGUCUAUUUGAACAGUUUUCAUCAAAGCUGCUACGAGAAAACUCCGUCUUGAACUGCAUUCCAAUUGUCGUUUCUCUCCAACCAUCUUUUGCGUCGAUGCAGUCGGCGUUGGAUUUUUCACAGAAGCCCACGUCAUCGUCGAAGCCUUAAUUAUUCAUAUUGUCAUGAACCGCUUGAUUCAUUCGUAUGGAGGCGCUUGGAUUCUCCUCAGACAGCUCCUCGCCCAUCUACUGCUGGAUGUGACCUUGGUGAUGAUGUGGAUAUAAGGACUGGAUGUACAGGGUAUACAGCUAAGGUAUCAAUCAAAAGGUCCUCAGAGAAUAAUCUUCAUUUUACUAACAUGAAAGCAAGAUUCUAACCUUAGUUUGUGUUAUAGACAAAAAAGAAUGUGUUUAACAACGUCGCGACUGUGCUGCUGUCCGUGGUGCUGAACUGAAUUUAUUCAGGCCACAGGUUCGUCCACGAUGCCCAGUGACACACACACACACACACAUAGGGGGCGGGGUUAUCCUAGCCACACAGAGUCAAGCUAAUUGUUGUCAGAGGAGCGCUGCUGAUGCUGCUGAUGCUGUUUUCUCCCAACAACUUUUUGUUCUAUGGCGGCUUUGUCCUGUUUUUCCACGCUCCCCCCCCCUCGGCCCGCGCCUCCUCUCUGGUUCUUCAACUGCACUUCUGACAAAACUUCCCCUCUCAGCGACCUUAGCCCUGUGCACGCUGCUCAGACGAAAACCUGCACAGGUCCCUCCGGCUGCACGAGCGGGCCCACAGCUUAGGUGAGCAGAAGAUGUGCACACAAUCUGAGCGUCCUUCAGCCGAAUGGAUCCACACGAAGACCAGACACCGGGGGAAAGUUUUUUACAGUUUCUAAACCCCCGUUUUGGAGGAGGAGGAGGAGGCCGGGCCGACAUGAGGCUGUGCAACCGCGGGGUGAUGAUGCUGCUGACCACGGCGGGGGCUUUCUGCGCCUUCAGCCUCAUGACCAUCGCCGUGGGAACGGACUACUGGCUGUACUCCCGCGGGGUGUGCCGCUCCAAGAACCAGAACGACAACGAGACCGUGCGCAAGAACGAGGAGGUCCUGACCCACUCGGGUCUGUGGAGGACCUGCUGCACCGAGGGGACUUUUCGGGGCGUUUGCAAAGACAUUGAUCAUUUUGCUGAAGAUGCAGACUACGAGCAGGAUGCCGCAGAGUACUUACUGCGCGCGGUGCGGGCCUCCAGCCUCUUUCCCAUCCUCAGCGUGGGCUUGUUGUUUCUCGGAGGCAUGUGCGUGGCUGCCAGCGAGUUCUACAAGUCACGUUACAACGUCAUCCUCACCGCGGGUAUUCUCUUUGUCUCCGCAGGUCUCAGCAACAUCAUUGGCAUCAUCGUGUACAUAUCAGCCAACUCGGGCGACCCCAGCCAGAGCGACAACAAGAAGAGCUACUCCUACGGCUGGUCCUUUUAUUUCGGCGCCCUGUCCUUCGUGCUGGCCGAGAUGGUGGGCGUCCUCGCCGUGCACGUGUUCAUAGAGAAACACAGGCAGCUGCGCACCAACGGCCGGCCGUCCCUCAUCAGGACGCCCGUCUCUCGCGGCUCGUCGUACUACCGCAAGCGCUACAACCACGGCCGCUCCUGCCGGUACAGCUGCAGGAGCAACCAGAGCGCGGGGGACUCCUUCCGAGCGUCCCUGAUGCGGGACGGGGAGCCGCCCGUCUCGGCGGGAUCCAAGGCCUCGGCGGGCUUCCCGGCGCCGGGCGACCCGGAGUUCAUGCUCUACGCGUUGACCUCGACCCUCAACGAGCCCAAAGUUGACCCGGCGGCGGGUGAUUUAACCGCGGCGGCGGCGGCUCACAACAACACGGAGAUGCUGCCCGGAAACGGUGCCGCCAGCAGGAGGACCACGCCUGUCUGAGAGGAGCGGAAGUGGAGGAUGUAAAAAAAAAAGAAAGAAAGGUGAACAUUAAAUGAACCAAAGUCUUUUUUUUUGGUACAAAAAGAAGAAGGAGGAAGGACCUGAAUGGGCCGGCACACACUGAUCUGUCCGAGAAUAAAUUAUAAAAAGAAAAAAUCACAACCCCGCGUUUCCCAAAUGCCAAGUUUGACGUCUCCAACGUGGUUGUUUUGUCCGACAAACAAUCCGAAAGACCAAAAAAAAGUGUUACAUUUACAAUGAUACAAAACCAAGAAAUGAAGUCAAGCUUGUGUGUGUAACGCUGGAAUCAGAGAAAAAAAAGCACAUUUUCAUAUUCUUUGCACGUCAUGUUGCUGUGCUAUAUGCUAUGGAUAUAACAGUAUAUACGCUAGUGUGUGAACAAGUGUGUGUGUAUCGUUAAAAGAAUGUGUGUUUGAGAGAGACAGCCAUGCAUUAAGAGACAGGAAGGAGAAGCGUUGUGUGAACCUGAUGAACUAUUACAUAAAAAUACGAGACACGCAGACACAGGUAUCUGGGAAUGACACAACUAACUAUGUCCAUUUCCUGUCCUCCUUUUUGAACUAAGCUCAAAAUCGAAGCCCCAUUAAAUCCAUUAGAUCCCUCUUAAUCUGUCUGUCGCUGUGUCUCUUUGAAUGUGUAUUGCAUAAGUGUAACAAAGAUAACCAUUAUGGCUUUGUCCCCGAGUCUUUGUUUACAUCAAAUAAAUGUGCAUGAAUUAACACAAAACGUGCUUUGGGUAGAAUGGAGCGGUGCUCUGGCUUUUGUUCUGUACUGUGCACAUUACAGGUGUCUGUGAGGGAGAAUAUUCAAAUAUCUAUCCCUGCAUGAAGCAAAGAAUGACUAUGAAAAUAAUAAAAAAUCGACCCCC